AUGAAUCCGGCUUAUCGCCACUCGGUUCACUUGCCCCUAAAAUCCAUGUUCAGGGCCAAAUUGCAAAAUUAUAUUAAAAAAAGUAUACUAUUUGAAUAUACAUUGAGUGGACGCGGCUUUGCCACGGCUGUACAUGGUAUUCACUUGCCUCCACCGCCCCCCCGCGAAUUCAAUGAAGAUGGGACACCCAAGAAAUAUAGAAACUCGAGACCAGUUUACAAUCACAAGUACAAUUGGGAGCAUUGGACUUUAAGACCUGCCGGCGUAUUUCACACAGUCCUAGUUGGAGAAUUUGGUAGACAGCACAAAAAAUUUGCUGCAUGGCUACUUCAGUAUCCCGCGCAUAUAACAUUUUUACCCUUAUUUGUAGUGAUUUUUGGAUUAUCUUUUCUGAUACAGAAUGUCAUAUAUAUUGGCGUGCGUCCCAAGCGUUAUACCGUGGAAUGGGUUAAGGCGAGUCAGGAAAGGGAUAGGGCUGAGAACACUAACCCUGUGUCCAGAUACUUGGACAGAAGGAGGAGUGAACGAGGGCCCAAUUGGGUUUUGAAAGAUUACAUGCCGAGACAUCCGCAUUUUGCGCAUCUUGGCAACUAUUACCACGAUCCUGAUAUGGAAAGAGUAGAGCCCGAAGAAAUCGAAUAG